AUGGCGUAUAAUAAUUAUGUAAUUAACAUAAUAAUUUGUUUAAACCGGCUCGCGUCCAACCCGCCGUCUUUCACUUGCAACUUUUUUGUGCGUUACACGAAACGUAUAUCUUCGCAAAAAGAAGACCGGUUGUCUUUUUUGAAACGGCAAACGUCGCUUUACGAUUUCAGUGGCCAGAGGGAGGACAAGACCCACGGUGGGGGUCUCGGGGACUCCAGCAGCGAGAGUGGCGACGAGACGAAGCGGCAAUCCGGUCAGCAGCAGCAGCAACAGCCGUCUUCCUGCGCGGUUCAGCAACAGCAGCAGCAGCAGCAGCAACAAAUGGUGGACCAUCAGCAAACUUCCGGCAUGUACCAACUUCCACCGCCAGCUUCCGUCUCGGUUUCCAGCCCGCACUCGUACCACCAAGGCCACGGCUCGACCUUGAGCCAUCCGCACAUGCAGCACCACGACACGAGCAGCGAGAGCGGCGACGACAAGAGGAACCUCCAUCAUCAGUUGCAGCAUCACCUCCAGGUCGGCACCCACGGCGCCCACGGUUUGGUCCAUCCUACCGCCACCUUGCCACCACCGCCGCCUAGCUGCGCCCAACAGAAAAGUCAGCUAGAUUACAUGCAAUACUAUCCGCAGGAUUAUCUAAUCGGCACGCCAACCUCCGCGGAUCUCCAGAAGUCGUUGCCGCAUACGGCGACGUCGAUGCAGAUGGGUGCGAUCGCCCCUUCCAUGGGCGGGCUGAGCCCGAUGGGCCCCUCGACGAUGCUGUCCAACACCAUGCAGGGCGUCAACACCAUGAACACCAUGUCGAUGAACGGCAUGGGUAUGGGCGCUUAUCAAGGCAUGGGCUCCAUGGGGAUGUCCACGUCGCACGCGAGUUACCACAGCGGCCUCGUGCUGGGCGAGUAUCAUUCGUUGUGACCUUGGGCCCCAAGCACUCAAAGCAAGAGGAGCCAAGAGAAGACUUAAUGCACGUCGGCGGGGCGCUGAAGACUUCCGAUCGAUACAAGGUACUCGUGUGGCUUGCCGAAAUUCGGAUCGCCAAUAAAUUAUUAUGUGCUGAAGAUUAGCGCUGAAAUUAAUUUAACACGGUCGUCGAUUAGUAAACGUUAUCAUCAAUUCAGAGCGAUGAUGUAACAUUUAUCGGUUUAAUUUUUAGUUAUUGAAUAACCGUGAAUUUCACUUGUAUCAGAAAAUAUCUUUUUCAUCGCGACGAUAAUUUCUUGACGAUCCGAUAAUGUUCAGAUAAGUGGUGAGGAAAGCCUUCUGCGGAUAUAUCGUUGCAUUAUCCUUGAGCUUUUCUCGGUGUAUGUUUAGAGCGUAUGAAGAGCGUCAAAUAGCCGUCUGUUAAAUCGUCACGUUCGCGCCGGCAUUCAGAACGACUCUUUUAAAUUCUGUAUACGAAACACAUUCUUCCAGGAUAAGAGAGAAUAUGUAUGAUAAAUUAUUAUACUCGGCGAAAGCAUUUUUGUCAUUUUUUUUUUUUAACUGACUAAUCCAAACUUGAAAAAGUGAUAAGUGUUUAUUUAAAGUAUUGAAUUAAUUUCUGUUCAAGAAUGUUUUGUUACUCGCCUGUGAAAAUCCUUCAAAUCUUUUCUCGAAAAUAGAAAAAUAAUAGCUGAAGAAUAUCCGCUGAAGAAUAUCCAUGAAAAAUCAAAGGAUGCCGAAGCGACGAUGACGUUUCCGAACGAAAUAGCAAAAGACAUAUUAGCAUUUUACUUUCCCAGUUCGUACACUCUCGCGGCAAGCCGGCUAGACCGGCUUGUGUUUACCACUAUUUCCAUAAGUAAACAACGGACGAAAAAUCCCAGCCAGCUUUUCUGUCCCAUCACCAUACUUGGCGCCAUACUUCUCUGAUUUUUGCCCAAGUCGGAAUAAAUUUCACGAUGAAGCGGCGUUUCUUUUCUUUUUCUAUGCGAAAUGCACGCGGAAUACAAGCGAAUGCAACUUACCCCUUGCCCCCCCCCCCACCCUCCUUCACUUCAUAUAGAUUCAACCCAGUUAAUUAAUUUACUAUAUAAUUAUACGCUCCUCUUACACCAUACGCUUUUGUGUUUGUCCUGUAUGUACAUAUGUAUAAUACACACGGCAUUCGGCAUAUAUUAUAAAGUUAAUCUCGUUCAUGUUCACUGCCUACCGGGUGUUCCCGUAUUACCGUAUUUGGAUUCCAUGGCGAUGAUUUGGAAUUUUAAGCUUUGACGUUUGAACGAAUAAAGGAUAAGUUAAUCAUACUUUUCACAUUCAAUAGUUCGAAUCUUUUAAUUUAGAGUUUUUCAUAGCUUAUAUAUUUUUCUUAGUUCUUUAUUAUAUCCUUAUAAAGGAUAUGAAGGAUAUGUAUAGUAAAAUUUCUAGAUGCACAACAGAAGAUAUAGAUAAUCCGAAACAGGUCGAAUUUUGCGAGAUGACUUAUUAUUAUUAAGUCACAUUCCAUAGAUGAUUUGUGCAUGGGACAAAACAGUUACUGUUGAAAAAAAAAACUCCGUUGUCACAAAAAUAUAUCACAUCUUAAUUAUUAAUAUAGAAAAGUCAAGCUCAUCGAUAUAAUAACAAAUAAAUAUUCGUAAAUUUACAAUGAUUAUUACUGACAAAAAAAAAUGUGAUAUUGCGUGGCGAUUUAAUUGACUAAAAAGGAGCUGGAUGGAUGCGAAGCUCUAGGGGUACCCCCAGUAGACAGUGAAUACUGUCGUAUAGGAUAAGAUAGCGUGUAAGUUAUCAUUUAUUCGCAGUUCGCAGUCUGUACAUAAGUAUAUCUAAGGACAGUGAGAAAGUGAGAGGGAGAACGAGAAUGUUACGUGUGCGAAGAAAAAAAGGGAAUGUAAAGGAGGAGAACAAAGGAUAUUACGCAAAGGUUUUGAUCGAGGAAAAGACGGAAAAGUCGAGAUAUCGAGAUGAAUUCUUGAUUCGUCGUUCAAAAGAACUGUGUGUUAAAGAGAACUGUAUUAACCGCUUUCUUGCCAAUGAACAGCUCAAAAUUACUUCGUUUAUUCUUCGCGAUCUGUUUUAUUUUUUCAAACACUAGCUUUUUCUUUUCGAGCAAAUAGGCUUGAAAGUUUGAUGACAUGUUUAUCACUUGUUUUCUUGUUUUUUUGUUUUUUAUUUGAUUGCGCUAUGUAGCAAGAUUAUUUGCCAAGACUUGUAUAAGGUCGCUUUUAAAGUGAUCGAGGAGCGCUUAUAUUCAUCUCCAAUGUCGACUUUCCAUUCGUGAGCUAUCUCCGCGCGCGCAGAUGUCCUAAAUAUUCCGUUAGCUACGACAUUGCCUUGUAGAUUCUUAUCUAGGAUGUCGAGGAGAAAGGAUUUCCCUUAUGAAAAAGUCCUCGGGACGAAACAGGGUAGAGAAAUAGGAUUGAGGUGAAGAGAGAGAGAAAGAGAGAGAGAGAGAGAAGGGCGACGUGAAAAAUAAUAAUAUCUUCGAUCUACGGCGGAGCCGAUCGGCGUUAUUUUCAUUUUGUAUCUUUCACAUUCGUCGUAUAGUCUAAAAUGUUUAUUCGACAAUUCGUAAGUGCCACAUUACGUGUUACAAUAGAGAAUACUAACGGCCGAUGAAAGAAGAACUAUUACAAUAGCAUAUAACAUAUCUCUUAAUUAAUGAAGGUACAACAGAUAAAUAUACAUAACAAUAAUAACUAUUUUCGUGACGCAACUUUCUUUAUUCACUAUUUGACACGUUUAAGUGCGACAAUUUUACAUUCUACAAACGCGCACGCAAUUCUUUUGAGUUAUUUUUUUUUUUAAUGGAACACAACUUUUUUAUUUUAUUUUAUUUUUUUUAUAUGAAAACAGUAUCGCCAGUCAAUCUUUGAAAGCUCAAUGUUAAAGCCAAUCUCGUGUUAGAUCGUACGUUUUAUUAAAUUAUUAAAUUAAAUAUAAGAAUCGAUUGAAACUCGUCCGUUGAUAAAUUAACGCGCUAUAAAUACUUCUGCGGUCUCGUUGACAGAAUAUUAUACAACUGCACGUUUUAACCACGUUCUAUACGGUUAGUUUUUCAUAUACAAGCACAUGAGCAUUGUUCUUUUUCUUAAACAGACAAAUUUAUUUGUAAAAUUAUGUAAACUGUUUUAUAAUGCUUCGGCUGAUGAAUGCUGCAACAACUGAAAUAUUACUAACAGAAAUACAGCUAUCAUUUUACUCUCUCGCAUUCGAGGCGGUUGUUUAAGAGCGUCUACCAUGACGCAAGUUGUGUUGCACAAACGCGCAGCUUCCGAACAACUGCCACGAUUUUCUUUCAUAAUUGCCACUUUUCCCCGGAAGUUGCUUCUUUCCCUUCAUAUAUUCCGAGAGAUAUCCUUUUUCCAAACUUGCGAAACUUUCAAUCGUGAUCGAGAACUUGAGGAAUUUUCUACGAAACGAACGCUGCGAUUCGACCAAAGCUAAAGAAUUUUAAUUUGUACGGAUAGGAUGUUAAUCGUAAUCUCGACUCUUGCACAAAUUACGCACUCGCACGCAACUCGCGCAUACGAGAAGAAGGUGGGCAAAAGGAGGGCAGUCGAAGGAGCGAAUGAAUGAAAGGAGGAACUGCGAGCGCGCGCCGCAAGGACAGGGUAUAAUUGAUGACCAUCGUCUGGUCCUCUCCAGUUCUCAUUCGUGUAUUUUAGCGGACAAAUCUAACGUUGCACAACUGAGAGACGAAUUGCCGAGAGUGAUCGUGAGUGCGAUUAUUCGUGAAUGUGUGUGUGUGGUACUAGCGAGUGAGAGCUGUAGGUAUGUGUGGAUGCGCGUGUGUAUACAUGUGUAUGUGUGUACGUAUGUGUAUGUGUGCACAGAGAGGGGUAGAAAGGAAGACGACGAUGCGCAAGUAGAUAUAAGUAAGAGAUCACGAUGUACGAUCGAAUUGUAAUCGAGUAAAGUUGAUGUUAUUUAAAGUAAA